UGCAAUGCAGUAGGCUUCGCCUAAUAAAGUUUGCAAAAGUCGACGAAGUUUCCAGAUAGUCAUCUUUGCCAUGACGUUUGAUAUUUUCUAUAAGAAAAUUGAGGAACAAAUUGCCCGACGACGCGGAACUCCAAAGAGCAGCAAAAGUGGUUGGCUAAAACACACCUUCAAUGUGAUUACCUCCAAUUUACUCAAUUCGGUGCCCAGUGUCUGCAGCAUCAAGGAAUCAUUUCGUUUCCUGCAACAAUGCACAAAACCCAAUCGGUAUGAAUUUUUCCACUCAUCAAUGGCCACUGCAAUCGGUUUCCUUAUCAUGGGGUCUUUUGGUUGUGCGGUUAAGUUAAUUCACAUACCCAUCCAAAAUAUUCUUAUGGGUUAGACAGAAAUAAACUUUCAAAUUCAAUUGCCGCUGUCUCUAGGAAGAAAAAGAAAGCAAUAAAAGUUUACUUUUUGUUUCUA